AGUAAGCCUCAUACGUCGAAGAACUUUGUCCAUGUAUCAAAUGACUCGCCCUCUCACACUUCAUGUUUUCAACAAAUAAUUAAAUAUUAAUCAAAAUCUAAUAACUAAGCAAUUAAUCAUUAUUUAGCACUAAUCUUUACAUAUAGAGUAGCUCCAUAGAUUUCACACAUACACACAGACCGAUAUGGGGAGUUUGAGAAGAGUCGUAUUCUCCACCGUCUCUCGCAUCCUCAGCUCCAAUCAUUCGCCGCUCCCCAGCCCCCAAUCUCUUCACAGGCCUAUUUGGGGUUCCUUGGCCCGUUUCUACUCCUCAGAUGGAACCGCCCAAUGUCUUAAUAUCGAUCUUUCCAAUGAAGAAAGCAAAAGGCGCUUGUUUAACAGGUUGUUGUAUAGGAGUAAACAGAGGGGGUACCUUGAGCUGGACUUGAUUCUGGGGAAAUGGGUGGAAGCUCACAUUCAUUCUCUUGAUCAAAAUGGAAUUAAAUCCCUAGUUCAUCUCCUUGACCUGGAAAAUCCCGAUCUGUGGAAAUGGCUGACCAGCCAGGAGGAACCCCCUGAGGCAGUGAAAGUAAAUCCAGUAUUUGUGGCUGUGUGGCAAAAGGUGACUAGCAAUCUGGAGAAUCACGCUGCACCUGGAACUCGUGCUAUGCCUGGCCAGUCUUGGGUGAGAGGUUGGGAUGAUUUCAAGAAGGGUCGUGACAGCCCUAUUGCUGGGAACCAGUAGCUUUACAAGCUCAAGAUGUCAUCCACAGCAGAAAACAACUCUAUAUUGUGUGAGGAAUUCUCAUUGCAUAACGAGUAUAAAUAAGGAAUCGAAGUGAACUAGUAUACUGGGAACCUGCUUUGUGAUUGGUGUAGUAAGUAUAAAUCGGCAAGAAUGAUAUUUUGUGUAAGGAGGAUUAGCUAUUAUUGUCUUUACGCCUCAAGAAAAAAUGAAGCUAUUAUUGUCUUUCAUCUUACAUGUAGAUAAUAUAGGAAAUGAAAAGUUAAAAUAAUCGAAGGGAUGGGAUUAUCCCACUGCCCCAUCUUUUGUACGGAUUUAAGAGAGUAGGAUUUUAAGUAUAUGGGUUGUAUAAUUAGUUAUAUGUUUGGAUUGAUUGAUGUAGGUUUGUAUUGGUUGAUUAAUAUAUAGUAAUAUGUUGUUUAUUUA